CUGCAAGAUGGCCGCUGUAAUCAAGGCAGUUAAUGCAAAGAUCCGUUCCAACAAGGUUCUGGACUAUGUCUGCUCAACACAUUUCUGGGGCCCCGUCUCCAACUUCGGUAUUCCCGUUGCAGCUGUGAUGGACACGCAGAAAGACCCGGAAAUUAUCUCUGGCCAGAUGACCGGUGCUCUUGUGAUCUACUCUGCUACUUUCAUGCGUUACUCUCUCGCCGUCACCCCAAAGAACUAUCUCCUCUUCGCCUGCCACGCCAUUAACUUUUCCGCUCAGUGUGUCCAAGGAUACCGUUAUCUGAACUACUGGAACUGGGGAGGCCGGGAAGCUCAACUUGGCGAACAGGCUGCGCAGGAGGGGAAAAAAGCUACUGAGGCAGGCGCCUAG